UAGACGCAGUGACGCCGGCGGCAGUGGCGCGCCGCGGGCCGAGAAUGAUACACGUCCGCACUCCGCCUCGCGACUCCAGCGGCGCUCCGGCUCCGACCCGCGAUCGAUAACACAAACCCUAAACCAAACACCACAACAAAAGCCAAAUCACUAUAACUCACAUCAACAAAAUUUAAAUUAUCAUGUCAAACCUCUUUAUGUAACCACAUCCCAGUAUCGAUGGAAUCGCGAUCGCGUGGCACACCGGUGUCAACAAUGUAGUCAUAGUGACGCGCCCUGUUGACAGCUUGACAGUUUAAUGUGAACUUAUACAAUGCUGUUGAUAUUAUUAAAUGUUUAAACAUUGUGUUGGUUGUUGUAUUGUUAUUAUAACGACAAUAAUUUUGAUGGUUAAUUAAGGAUUUAUUCAAGACGCAAGCAUGGGGAAUGGUAUGAAUAAGGUGCUGCCGGGGCUGUACGUGGGCAACUACCGCGACUCUAAGGACCCCGUGCAGCUGGACAAAUACAAGAUCACGCAUAUCCUCUCCAUCCACGAUGCGGCCAGGCGGUUGCACUCUGAUAAACACUACCUGUGCAUCAUGGCCUCUGACUCCCCAGACCAGAACCUCACGCAAUACUUCAGUUUAUGCAACGACUUCAUACACGCCGCCAGACUCAGAGACGGAAAUGUGCUUAUACAUUGCCUAGCGGGCAUGUCACGCAGCGUGACGGUAGCAGUGGCAUAUAUAAUGUCGGUGACCCCGCUGACGUGGCGGGAAGCGCUGAAGGUGGUGCGCGCGGGCCGCGCCGUCGCCAACCCCAACCUGGGGUUCCAGAGGCAACUGCAGGAGUUUGAGACUUACAAGCUUGUUGAGGAGAGGAGACGACUGAAGGAGCGGUACCCGUCCCUGGCGCUGGCAGACCGCGACCUGGUGGACUGCAGAGCCGCGCUGGACUCCUACCAGACCAUGCUGAACCAGAAGACCAUCUGCGAGGGGAAAUGCUCCAUGGGCCGGCAGUGUCCUACAGGAGUAUGCAGAACGGGCUCCAAGCGCCAGCCCCGCCCGCGGCGACCGUCCACCACGUCCGGUAGCGGCGACAGCGCCACCACCGGCCUGAAACGGUCACCUUCCACUCUGUCCACCACCUCCACCGCCUCCGGGUACCGUCCCCGGUCCUCGCCCGCGGGGCUCUACAGUUACACUGGUGCCCCAUCCCGACCGACUAGAUCAGCAUCAGGGAUCAGCAUAACACGCGUGACGGACGCCGUGGGCGGCGGGACGGCGAUGGCGGUGGGUGGCACCGAGUACUCUCGAAGGAGGGCCGCCUCCGCCCCCGCCACCCCCGCAGCGAUGUCUCCCGCUUCAUCCCCGCCUGGCUCCCCACAUAGAGGAGCCCAGCAUAGAUAUUAUAGGAGGCCUUCACAAGAUCUUUACUGGAGAUAUGAGGACAUGCGAUGUAACGUCCUUUCUGAACUUACUACAUUCCAACACAGUCCCGGGCGCUCCAACGAUGUUCCUAGCAGGCCUCACGUGGUUACGGAUUGUCAAUCCAGUGUCGAUCGCUUGACACACGCACAAUCAUCCAACGAUGCACCCCAGCUCUACAUAUUUAGCAUAACCGAGUCAGCCGUUGAAGAGAACAUGAGAAAAUCUAUGGAAUUAGGCUGAUUUACGUAUCUGCGGUUGAUGAUGCCCAGACAUGGGUGUUAGCUAUACCUCAAUAUAAAUUAACGAGAGAACUACGUACUUAAAGUUUCGUAUAAAAAACUACUAAAAUAUGCAUAGGUAAAUAAAUUGACAUACUUAUACUAAGCGAGCACGCACCCUCGCUGUUUCAAUAUGAGCGCAGUCCUAUUAUUCUACAACAGCUUUUAAAUAAACGUUUUCAAUGCACAAUUUAAAAUGGCGUGGAAUAAAAAUAACUUUUAUAUAAAAAAGUUUACGAAACUCUUAUGAGUUUUUGCUUAAAUUGAGAUGGAUUUAAAGGAAUAUGGAUUGUAGAAUCUAAGAUCAAAUAUUUUGGAAUUGGAAAGGAAAAAGAAAUGGUUUGAACGCUACCUAAAGUGUAGGUCUCGGAGCCUACCCGAUGUAGUCAAAAAAUGUAGUCUUCAUUGAUACCCGUAGUGAUUUUAAAGAAUGAAGAAAUGGUUAUACAUCAUAACGGCUAAGAAUGUAACGACGAAAUAUUGAAUUCCAGCCAUUGUAACUGUACAGUCCUUAGCAACAGCCAAGCAAACCGUAACUUUCUCAUAAGUAGGUAUGUUUAGGCUUUAAAGCAGUCCCAGAUUAACACAUAAGCAAAAUAUGCAACUUCUUAGGGCAUCACAUCUUUGGGGGCACUAAGUGCACCACUCAGCUCCCGUUUAUUCUUGGCAAAGUGGAAAUAUUUGCCAAAAGAUGUAAUGCAACAAAAGUUUAACGCUUUGUAGGUAUUGUACCUAUAUUGCAGCGUAAUGGGGCUAAAUAGCGAUAUUAUCUUUAAGGCAAAUUGCUAGCCUGCCUCCUGGAAUUAGAAAAAAUACCUAUAUAAGAAAGAAAUGAACAGAAGGUGACAAAAAAAUUAAUGCAAAUAGUAUCCAAGAUAUACCUACCUAGUCAGGCGCUAGUCAAAAAUCUGGGAGCACCAAAAAUUUUUAACGCUGGCAUCAAAGAAGUUUAAUUCGGCACAGCAUAAAAGCAUUUUUUUUUUCAAAUAUAACAAAGGAACGCACUGCUAUAAAACAGAUGCCUUUAAUGCGAGACGAUGCCUCCAUCUUGUGAUUAUUUGAUGUGAUUAGAUUUAAUGCGAAAAUCAACGAAAUAGGUACAUAGUCCUAGUGUUCACACGUCGGCAAAAUGUGUUGUAAGCUUAUUUCCCAUUGAAUUCUGACGUUUGAAGGGUGUACGGGAAGUGACGAAACAUGUACCUGCACGAAUACUUCCAAACGCAAAGAAGAAUAAUUAUCAACGAGGAUAAAAACUGCCUAUUUCUCCCGUCAGGUGUACUGCUACUGUUGAGUGUUCUUACAUUUUGAAAGUUCCCCUUAUUAUUUAAGUAAACAACCAUGUUGUGGUUAUAUUUUUACACGAUUAUAACAUAACCCUUUGCGCAGCGCACUGCAAGAUCAUAGUGUUACAUUUAUUCCUUAAAGAUCGAAAAUAAAAUAUAGAAAAACUUAUUUUCAAUCAAAAGUGUCUUUUUCGAACUGAUAGCUAUUCUUUUUCGUAGGUGACUCAUCCUUCAGGCAGGAAACACUCCACGUUGCCCCACAUUUUAUAGCAAUUUAUCAGGAAUUUUAGCUGGGCAGUAUGGAGAACUGUCAAAAUUAAGAAUACUCAACAGUGCGACCGCCUGCAUUUGAGCUUCUAGUUUUUAUCCUCAAUAAAACAACAUAAUUACUUUAUUUAUGUAUCAAUAUAUGCAUAGAUAUCAGAAAAAAUAUUUUCUUGAAUUUUAUCGAAUGAUCACGAAAGCUAAAGUACAAUUUGAACACAUAUGUAAUGAAAUAUAAUACUAUUAUAUAAUAUUAUCCAAAUGUUACCGCUAUGUGAUAAUAAGUAUGAGGUUUGUAGUUAUUUAGUGGGUAAAGUAGUGAUAAGGUCUGGCUGGUACAGACAUCUCAUAAGAUUUCUACUUCAAUGCGUAGCUGAUUUUCUAAAAAUGUCUA